AUGAGGCUCUUUCCGAGACUAUUACAUGCCGUUGCUGCAGCCAUCGUAUUGAUUGUGCUGUACCUCGGGUGGCUACAACAUGAUCACCUAGGGCACAACAUACACGAAGCGUGGGGAGGUACAGCACACAGAGUGGUUGUCUUUGGCGACGAUUGGUCUGACACAGGCAAAUAUCGAGUUUCUCCACCAUUGAAGUCUGAGGCUGUUGUGCGAGAUUCUAGUCGUGGCGAAAUAUGGACCGAGACAUUGUGUAAAGAACUCGCUUGCGACUUCAUGGAUAACUUUGCUCGCUCCAUGCCGCCACAGGGCGAUGUUACGACCAUCGGGUCUCUCAUUGACUCAGAUAUCCGCGCCCAGGCCGUCCCUGUCACAGACAACAACAACAACAACAACAACAACAACAACAACAACACCCAGGUCACGUUUGACUUCAAGACACAGGUGCAACAAUUCUUAGAAUAUGAGAAGCAGAAACACCGCAUCGGUGUUCCGGAACGUUUGCGCAAGGUCGACGAGUGGUCCAUCUUCACCGUAUCGUUCGGUCUCUGGGACCUGCUGGAAUACUCUACGCUAGAGAAGGAGUAUGCGCUGAAGGCGAUUGACAGCAGUAUCGAGGGGCUGUUUGAGAAUCUUGACCAGCUGGCGCAGCAUGUCGCAGCACCAAUGAAGAUUGUAAUCCUCAAGCUAUUGGAUAUUACGUUCCUGCCACGCUUCCAAUCAAGAAAAGACAGGAACAAAGAACACUUCGCAGAAGACCAACACCACUUGGUGUUUCUGUGGACGUAUUGGAACACGGUCUUGUCUCAAACAGCAUCGCGGUGGAAGCACGGCGAGAUCUUCAUGCCGGAACCUAACAACUUGAUUAUGGACCAAGUCCGAGCUAAACAGCUAUACUCGAAACAAAUAUCCGAUGCAUCCGGUACGGGCAAGCAAGCACCUCUCUUCGACUACGUAGAAGAGCCAUGUUUGAAGUCGAAGGAGGAUGACAAUGUGAGCAAACUGCAAGCAGCUGGAGUUGACAAAUGUGCCGACGCAGCCAAACACCUCUUUUGGGAUGAUAUACAUCUCAGCGGGCCCGCUCACCAACUAAUCGGAAGAGCAGCCGCAAGCCUGCUACGCAGAAACCACACUGUCAAUGUCGGAGAGUCAACCCAAGGUCCUGACAAAGACGACAAGACAGUAAUAAAGGAUACACCAAGUUUUAAGCUGAAGUUCCCUCCUGGCUACUAG